CAUUACCAUGGAAGAGAAAUACAGCGAUGGCUUACUUCAUUCGCGUCCUAUUGGUCGAAUAGAUCCAUCCAGUGCUAGAGUCACACCCUACGUCAUCACUCUCGUCAUCAUCAAGUGUCUCUCUUGUUUUGGCUUGUUUCUCGCGUAUGAUAUCGUGAAAGGAGUGCCAGUCGUCUUACUACUAUUUCUAGCUCUACUCGGGUCAAGUAUAGUGCUACUUCCCUUGCAAAGGCCUCUCUCUUCGGGCAAGAGACUGUCUGCUAAAUUGUGGUUUAAGGUGUUACGAUAUAGUUUCUUGGUUGCUGUUGUCAGCGUGAUGUGGAUGACGGGACUAAGCCUGUGUGGACCGUUUCGGACAGUUUUGCUGUUCCAGCAUAGUGAUAUGGCUGUACUGGCAGCAAUUGGCGUGCUAACACAAGGAGCACCAUCUGGACCAAGUCGGUUUCGUGGUGCUAUGUUAUUCUUCCUUGCUCUAACGACUCUUCUCUUGUUUGACAACGACACAGCUGCCAUGGCAGAACAUCCUGAGGGAAAGCACAGCUCUGAGAUAGCACAUCUGAUAUACUGGGCACUAGCAUGGCUGGGAGUUCCAGACCAUAAGGGCGGCAUCAUCUUGCUGUGCUGUGGCUUCUGUUUGAGUAUCGCACAGAGAAGUGUUGGGAGAAAGUUGGCAAUUUCUUUGGGAGGAUCCAAACGUUUGAACGCUCUAUCAACAAUUGCAGCAUGUAUCAUGCUCUCACCAUGGGCAAUGAUCCAACUAUCAUCAAACAAUGUUGAAAUAUCAUGGAGUGAGCUAGUGUUUCCACUCAUUACCAUCAUCCUUCUCAUUUUCAUUCUUGACUAUUAUGGCGAAUCAAUCUGCAGCAGUCGACUCAACUCGACCAGCCUCAGUCGUGUGACUUCAAUCACGAGCUUUACUGCUGCUCUAGUGAUCAGUCUUAUGUGGAAUCAUCCUUCGUUCUUUGCGAAGUCCGUCAUGUUGUCGAGUGCCGAUCAUGCGCUCUCACCCGGUGUUGUUGUCGCUUACAUGCUCUUCGUGUUGGCCACUCGCCUUCUCACCCGUCCCAACACUAGUUCAUACAAGGCCAAUCUCAUAGGCUACAGCUCUUCAGGCCUCCCACUCUAUAACUUCCAUACGGCAGGCACGGCACUUCACAAGCAUUCCCAAUCUCUCAUCACAACGUUCAAAGUCAACCUUCGUCAGAUCCUGGAAGGUGAAGACUCAAGACAGAUUUUCUACUUUCUUUGCAUCAAUUUGGCGUUUACUGUGAUUGAGUUAUUGUAUGGAAUUUGGACAAACAGUUUGGGUCUUAUUUCUGAUGGAUUUCAUAUGAUGUUUGACUGUACGGCACUUGUGGUUGGUUUGUUUGCUGCCAUUGUAGCUCGUUGGAAGUCAACGCGAAUGUUUUCCUAUGGAUAUGGCAGAGUUGAAGUACUUUCUGGAUUCGCCAAUGGCGUCUUCCUCAUCGUCAUCGCUGCUGCCGUUUUCUUGGAGGGAAUAUCUCGGCUGUUUGACCCUCCGACAGUCAAAACCGAGCGACUCCUGUUUGUGUCCGUUGCUGGAUUUGUAGUGAAUCUACUUGGAAUAUUUGCCUUCAGACAUGCACACUCACACGGUAGUUCCGGUCACUCGCACACACAGAGUCAACACGGCCAUUCACAUGGACAUGGACACUCACAUGGUCAUGGACACUCACAUGGACACGGACACUCACAUGGCCGUGGAACGACAAAGAAAGAGUCGCAAUCGUGUUCCGGACAUGGACACAAUGCGAACAUGCAAGGUGUGUUCCUUCACGUUUUGGCUGACACACUGGGUAGUGUUGGCGUCAUCGUCUCAUCAAUAUUGAUUGAACAGUUUGGUUGGCACAUUGCUGAUCCGAUCUGCUCGGUGUUCAUCUCAGUGCUGAUUUUUCUGAGUGUUAUUCCAUUGCUGAAGAACUCGUUGCAUGUUCUGGUGCAGUCCACACCUCCGGAGAUUCAGCAUCUUCUGUCUGAUAUGAUUUCUAAGGUGAAGUCAGUUGACGGUGUGCUGAGUUGCAACAAUCUUCACAUUUGGAGACAUUCUUCAAUCGUAGUGUGCGGCACCAUUCAUAUUCAAGCCGACGAAGCAGCCAACGAACAGAGAAUUGCACACCAGGUGAUAUCUCUAUUAAAAGAUCACGGUGUAACUAACCGUGCUGUUCAAGUAGAGAAAGAAUCAUUUUUCCGUCAAGUGUCUCCCAUGCUCUACAGCAGAUACCAAUACUCAACAGAACCCGCCCUAUCACCACACAUAUACGUCGAUUUUGGACCACAUGCAGGAGAGAUUAGCGCGCUUUAA